AUGUUUGUCAUCAGGAUGGAUUGUAUGUGGAUAAGCGCUGUCAGGGGCCGAUGGCGCACACUGUUUGUCAUUCUUUGUUUCUGUGAGCUGAGCUCAGUGACUGGACAGGCUCGGUAUUCCAUACCGGAGGAGCAGGCAGAAGGCUCAUUUGUCGGAAACAUUGCGAGGGAUUUGGGUUUGGAUGUGGCCAGACUAGUCGCAGGUAAAGCUCGUAUAAUUACGAAAGGAGGGCGGCAGUAUGUUGAUUUAAAACGAGACAAAGGCACACUUGUUAUUAAGAAGCGCAUCGACCGAGAAGAGCUUUGUGGAAAGACGACGCCCUGCAGCUUCAGUUUCGACGUCAUUUUAGAAAAUCCAAUCCAUCUUUAUCGUGUAACAGUGGAGGUCACAGACAUUAAUGACAACAGUCCCUCCUUCCCAAAGCCUGAAAUUAAUUUGAAAAUUGUUGAAAAUGCUGCAGUGGGGACUCGUUUUGCUCUCGCAAAUGCAGCCGACCCCGAUGUUGGCAUUAAUGAUAUUCAGAAAUACGCACUGAAACCUUCAGAUAAUUUUAAAUUAGAAAUACAGAACCAAGCAGAUGGAGGACGUUUAAUAGAAAUGGUUUUACAGAAGCCUUUAGACAGAGAGAAAGAGGAGACUCACACUCUCAUGUUGAUUGCUUCAGAUGGCGGUGAGCCACAUAGAUCAGGGACGGUCAGAAUUCAUAUCACUGUGCUGGAUGCAAACGAUAACGCACCAGUGUGCAGCCAGCCUGUUUAUAAGGUAGAUGUUCGAGAAAAUUCACCUGCAGGAACGUUGAUCACUACUGUUAGUGCAAAUGACGCUGAUGCAGGCCUCUACGGUGACGUCACCUAUUCCACUCCUCAUAUUAACAAAGAGGCGGAGCAGAUUUUUGAUGUAAAUGUUAAAACAGGAGAAAUUAAAACUACUGGUAAAUUGGAUUUUGAAAAGUCUAAAAGCUAUCAGUUUAACGUCCAGGCUAGUGAUCAUGGAGGAUUUACAGAUACUUGUAAAGUAAUUGUUAACAUAAUUGAUGAGAAUGACAAUGUCCCGACAAUACAAUUUAUGUCAUUUUCUCAGUCCAUACCUGAGGAUUCUCCUCCAGGUACAACUGUAGCUGUUUUUAACGUAGAUGAUGAAGACUCUGAUGGCAACGGUGUUGUCAAGUGCUCCAUUAACUCUGACGUCCCUUUCAAAAUUGAGUCUUCAUUAACAGGUUAUUACACCAUAGUGACAGACAACUUCUUAGACAGAGAAAGUGUACCUGAAUAUAAUGUUACCAUAACAGUGUCUGACCAAGGCUCUCCUCCUUUAUCUACUAGUAAAAACAUCAACAUUAAAAUAUCUGACGUGAAUGACAGCCCACCCAAAUUCCAUCAGUCAGAAUACAGUAAGACUGUACCAGAGAACAACUCUCCUGGUUUUUCAGUGUUUACUGUCAGUGCUAGUGAUGCAGACUGGGGCCAGAAUGCUCGAGUGUCUUACUUCCUGGAGGAGAAAGAGAUUAAUGGAGUAGCUGUGUCUUCCUUUGUCUCGUUACUGCCCGCGAUGCCGGAUCCCCUCCUCUGAGUUCUGUGGCCACAGUUCACAUCCUUAUCCAGGAUCAGAACGACAACGCCCCCCAGGUCCUGUACCCGGUCCAGACGGGCGGCUCAGUGCUGGCUGAAAU